AUGGGUGAUGAUAAUGUUCUCAACCAUGUUAGUGAAGAGAUACACACAAAAGAGCUAUCGAGAAAACUUGAAGAGUUAUAUACUCGGAAAACUGGUAACAACAAAUUGUUUAUGAGGUGUCUGGCAAGAAGGGAGAAAGGAGGUUCAGGUUUUUCUGUUCUGGGAGAGGUUGGGACCGGUAGUGAGGGUGAUCCGGGAUUUGCAAAUCCUGGGUUGGUUGGGACCGGAAGUGAGGUUGAUCCGGUAUUUGGAAAUCCUGGGUUGGUUGGGACCGGUAGUGAGGGUGAGGGUCGUCCCGGAUUUGUUAGUCCCGGAGUUGGGACGGGCAUUGAGGGAGGAUCGGGAUUUUCUGUACCCGGAGAGAAUGGGUCGGGUAGUGAGGGCAAGGGUGUCUCGGCCUUUGGUUGUCCCGGACCGAUUGGGACUGGCAAUGUGGGAAGAUUCGGGUUUUCUGUUCCUGGUAAAGUUGGGUCUGGUAGAGAGGGUGACUCCGUAUCUGGUAUUCCUGGUAAAGUUGGGUCGGGUAGUAAGGGUGACUCGGGAUUUGGUAAGGUUGGGUCGGGUACAGGUGGCUCGGGAUUUGGUAGUCCUGAAUUAGGGUUAUCCGUUUCCGGUAAAGUUGGGUCUGGUUGUGAGGGUGGCUCGGGAUUUGGUAGGUGUUGA